AUGACCGCCGCCCUCCCGAACGAGACCCUCUUCGCCGUCUUCGAGCACCUCCAGCCCGACGUGCUCACCCUCGUGAUCCGUGCAUCCUCCAGAUUCCAAGCGAUUGCCGAGCGGAUCCUGUACUCCAACAUCUCGAUUCUUGAGCUGCUUCCCGUCUCUUCUCCCGUCCCCGCAAGGACCCAGCGCUGCUGCCAGUCCCUCCUCGCCCACCCCCACCUCGCCCUCCUCGUCAGGUCCCUCAACGUCCGAUGGCAGACAGACCCCGGCCUCCACGACCAGUACCUCCCCUUCGUCGACCCCGUCCUCGACCUCCUCAACCAGGCCCUCCGCACCCUCGUCCAGCUCGAAGACCUCGACCUCGCCCUCGGCCUCAUAGGCACCCCCAUCGGCGUCCAGGACGUUCUCAAUGGCUGUCGUUUUCCCGGCCUUCGUUUCUUCGCCAUCUGUGGUCUCGGCCGCGGCAGCCUGCCUGCAAAGUACUACCCUGCAGAGUCCACCGUCGAGCCCUUUCUUGCCAUGACCCCCUCCAUUGUCCACAUGCGCCUCGUCGAUCACUACGGUCCGCUCCAUCUCGCCCCACAUCACCUCCCCGUCCUCUCUGCCUUUCGCGGGACCCCCUUCGCUGCCGCAUCCCUCAUCCCCGGCCGCCCCGUGCGCUGUCUCUCCCUCGUCGGUCAGGAGCACAUCACCGACAUGGAGCUCUCCAGGAUCGCUCAGGGCAGCGUCAAGAUGUGCUGGCUCGACAUCAGCGCCGUCCCGCUCACCCCAAACGUGCUGCGUGACGUCUCGCACCACCUAACCAGCAUAGAGACCCUCAAAUUCAAGCUUGCCCUGCGGCACACCCUGCAUCACUCCUUUACCGGAAUCAGCAUCCUCGCAGGCCUCACUCCCGUCAUCGGCGCCUUCCCUGCUCUCUACCAGCUCGACCUGUCUGCCUCGCCCGUCUCCAACUCUGGCUCGGGCAGUUCGCUCGAGGAGACGGCGCUAUGCACGACGUGGGGGCGCAGCUGCCCAUCCCUGCGCUCCGUCGUCUUCCCGUCCAAGACCGAGUGGCGGCUCACCCCGGAGCGCAUCUGGCCACCUGCGGCGGACGCGGUGGCAGAACCCGACUUCUCCCCUCAGGGGGCCUGGCUUGGUAGAGGCACUUGGCGUGCCGAGGGGACUGGACGGCGGCACGCGCUGCGGGCAGGCAGGCGGACGGCGGAGCAUGCGCUGGCCGCGGCUCGAGCCUGGCAGCGUGCGUCGUGA